UUCUGUUUACAGCUGAGCGAUGCAGCCACAAAAGAUGACCUGCUGGGAGCUGAGGACACCGUUAAAGCUAUUGGCUUCUUCUCGUCGAAACCUCAGGUUCGUAAUCAUGCAACAGUGUUCUCAUUGGGGACUCGUGAAAGUCUUUUAUCGUUCGAUUUUCUUUCACCUCUGAUUGUACCGCAUGCAGCACAGCAAGCAAAUGAACGGGUAAUUCGGCACUAUUUGAAUUGUGUCAUUGGUUUUUGA